GACACAGAGAGAGAGAGAGAGAGAGAGGGGCGACUAGACAGAUAGGGAGGAGAGAGAGCGAGUGGAUAAGAGAGAAAGAUAGAGCGAGUGAGUAAGAGAGAGAGAGAGAUAGGGAGAGAGAGAGAGAGAGAGAGAGAGAGAGAGAGAGAGAGAGAGAUGCUGAUGACGGCGGCGGCGGCGGCGCUGUGGGAGCAGUGGGUGUCUUUAAGAGCCUCUUUUUCCCGCUCGGUGAGCAUUCUGCCCCCUUGACGCCUCGCCGGUGGUAGAGGAGCACGAGAGGAGCUGUCGGGAGCCGCACGCGCUCGGAAAUACGCGUAUUUUCUCCAGCACAGACUUUAGGAUAUAAUUGCCGCCCUCGGAAGCUCUUACCGCCUCGCCGCCUCACCGAGACACCAUGGAGUUGCCAAAGUCUUGGUCCUGCGCCGCCAGCCUGACUCUGCUGGCCGUGCUCGGCUCAGCCGCCGCGGCUGCUCACUAUAGCUGCGAUGGAUCGCUAACGUCGGGACUGCCUGCAGCGUCCUUCCAGAGCUCCUCGCAUUUCUCAGAGAGUCGGGCCGCGUACUUCGCCAGGCUGAACAGAAGAGACGGAGGAGGCGGCUGGAGCCCCCAGUUGACAGACAGGGCCCCCUGGCUGCAGCUGGACCUCAGGGAGCGUAAGGAGGUGACGGCGGUGGCCACCCAGGGCCGCUACGGAAGCCACGACUGGGUCAGCGCGUACAUGCUCCUGUACAGCGACACGGGCCGGGUCUGGAAGCAGUACAGGCACGAGGACAGCGUGGGGAAGUUGGUGGGGAAUUUGAAUCCAGAUUCAGUGGUCCAUCAAAAACUCAGCCAGUCCAUCAGGACCCGCUUCCUGCGCUUCGUUCCGCUCGAGUGGAAUCCCAGCGGCAGGGUGGGCAUGAGGAUCGAGGCCUAUGGCUGUGUAUACAAAUCGUACGUGGCGGACUUCGACGGCCGAAGCUCUCUGCUUUACCGGUUCAAUCAGAAGUCGAUGAGCACAGUGAAGGACGUGAUAUCUCUGCGCUUUAAGAGUCGGCAGGCAGAGGGUGUACUGCUACAUGGAGAGGGUCAGCGAGGAGAUUACAUAACUCUGGAGCUUCACCGCGGACGACUAGCUCUGCACCUCAACCUCGAUGACACCAGGGUCAGGUCCAGCAGCGGGCGUAUGGUGGUCACACUGGGCAGCCUCCUGGAUGACCAGCACUGGCAUUCGGUGCUCAUUGAGCGCUUUAACAAGCAGGUCAACUUCACCUUGGACAGACACACGCAGCACUUCAGGGCCAAGGGGGACGGAGAUUCUUUGGAGGUGGAUUAUGAGCUCAGCUUUGGUGGGAUCCCUCUCCCUGGAAAGCCCGGGACGUUCCUGAGACGGAACUUUCACGGCUGCGUGGAGAACCUGUACUAUAACGGAGUAAACAUCAUCGAUCUCGCUAAGCGACGCAAGCCUCAGAUCUACAGCGUGGGCAAUGUGACCUUUUCCUGCUCGGAGCCGCAGCUGGUGGCCGCUACCUUCCUGAGCUCCAGCAGCAGUUUCCUGUCUCUGCCGGCCCCGGCGCCCACUCUGGAGGGGCUGACGGUCCGCCUGCAGUUCCGCACUUGGAACCCGGACGGCCUGCUGCUGUCCAGCCGCCUGGAGUCGGACCAGGAGCCCUGCUACCUGCUCCUGCAGAUCAGCAGCGGACGCCUACGCCUCACCCACCACACGUCCGACUUCAAGACCUCAGAAGUGUCCACUGGUCAAAGGGUAAAUGAUGGUCUGUGGCACUUGGUGAGUCUCAGUACUCGGGAUCUGCAGAUGACCAUGACUUUGGACAACGAGCCAGCAUCCUCCAUCCAGCUGGAGGACAACCUGGAACCAAGAGACAGCUACUACUUUGGAGGCUGUCCUCUGUCUCAGAACGGCUCCGGCUGCAUGAACCCCUCCAUGGCCUUCCAGGGAUGUAUGCGCCUCAUCCUAAUCAACAACCAGCCCACAGAUCUGAUGCAGGUCCAGCAGGGGAUGCUGGGAAGCUGGAAUCAGCUACAGUUUGACAUCUGUGGCAUUCAGGACAGGUGUCUUCCCAAUUUCUGUGAGAACGGCGGCCGCUGCACUCAGACGUGGUCUUCUUUCCAAUGCGACUGUGCUGGAACCGGAUACAGCGGAGCUACGUGCCAUAACUCCGUGUACGAAUCCUCGUGCGAGGCCUACAGGCUGGCAGGCAGCUCCUCCGGUGACUUCUCCAUUGAUCCGGAUGGGAGUGGCCCUCUAGGUCCAAUCCAGGUCUACUGCAACAUGACAGAGGGGAAAGUAUGGACCGUGCUUCAUCACAACAGCACAGGUUCAGUACGAGUGCGAGAUUCUACACUGGAGAAACCCCACAGCACUCACUUCAACUACGGCUCGUCUCCAGCACAGCUCAGGGCGCUGGUUUCAGAGUCCGAGUACUGUCAGCAGAGAGUGACCUACCAGUGCAGGAGAUCACGACUCUUCAACACGUGGGAUGGCGUCCCCCUGUCCUGGUGGCUGGACCGUAGCGGGGAGAGGAGGACGUACUGGGGGGGCUUCCUGCCCGGUGUGCAGCAGUGUGCCUGCAGUCUGGAGGAAAACUGCAUUGACAUGAACUACUUCUGCAACUGCGAUGCUGACAGAGACUCAUGGGAGAAUGAUACUGGGCUCCUGUCUUAUAAAGACGAUCUGCCGGUGAGCGGGAUAUCUAUAGGAGACACCAAUCGUCUGAAUUCUGAGGCUGUUUACAGUGUGGGACCGCUGGAAUGCUCUGGAGACAAGUCGCUGUGGAAUUCGGCGUCUUUUUACGAGGAGGCGUCGUACCUUCACUUUCCUGCCUUCCAGAUCGAGUUCUCCUUUGACAUCUCCUUCUACUUCAAGACUGGCUCUCCCUCUGGGGUCUUCCUGGAAAAUCUGGGGCUUCAAGACUUUAUCAGAGUAGAGCUGAGCUCUCCGUCCACCGUGACCUUCUCCUUUAACGCUGGCGAUGGUCCGGUGGUCCUGGCUGUCAAGUCCCCCGUGCCCCUGAACGACAGGCAGUGGCACUGGGUUCGAGCCGAGCGGAAUGUGAAGGAGGCGUCGCUGCAGGUGGACCAGCUGCCCCUGCGCUUCCUGGAGGCUCCGCCCAACGGACACCUCCGCCUGCAGCUCAACAGCCAGCUGUUCGUAGGAGGAACAGCUUCCAGACAGAGGGGCUUCCUCGGCUGUAUCCGAGCGCUGGAUGUGAACGGUGUGAACUUUGAUCUGGAUGAGCGGGCGAAGAUGACCCCCGGCGUGAGCUCGGGCUGCCCGGGUCACUGCAGCAGCUCGGCCGGCCUCUGCCACAACCGGGGCAAAUGCAUCGAGAAGAGCAGCGGCUACAUCUGCGACUGCACACACUCCGCCUAUGGGGGGCCGUCCUGCAAGGAGGAGGUGUCUGUGUCCUUCGAGAAGGGUUCAUCUGUGACCUACACCUUCCAAGAACCGUUCUCCGUCAUGCAGAACAGAACAGCUCAGGUUUCUUCUUCAUCCUCCACCUACAGCAAGUCCAGGGACAACAUGGCCCUCAGUUUCCUCACGACGCAGAGUCCGGCCAUGCUGCUCACCGUCAACACCUUCACCCAGCAGUACGUGGCCAUCACCCUGGCUCGCAACGGGAGUCUGCAGAUUUGGUAUCGGCUGAAUAAGGAGAGAAGGCCCAGUGUUUUUAGCCCCGUUCUCACCAACCUGGCAGAUGGAAUACUUCACAGACUCCGGCUCCACAGAGAGGGGAAAGAUGUGUAUGUGCAGGUUGAUCAAGACCAUAAAAGAUACAGCCUUUCCUAUGAUGCAGAGUUCAACUCGAUGAGGUCACUAACCCUCGGAAAAGUUGCAGGAAAUGAGGCGCUAGAUGAAGAAGUUGCACAGGCAGGAUCCAGAGGUUUUGUUGGCUGCUUUUCGUCUGUGCAGUAUAAUCAUAUAGCUCCACUGAAAGCAGCACUGCUGAACCGCGGCAGCUCUCUGGUGAACAUACGUGGACAUUUACUGGAGUCUAACUGUGGAGCACUGGCUGAUUUGUCCACCUCCAGAUCACGCUUAGACCACGGGGAAGAGGCUGGUAAAGAUAACAAGCAUCGAGAUGAUGACACCCAAAGAGAUUCGGCAGUAAUCGGAGGUGUGGUGACGGCAGUGAUCUUCAUAACGCUGUGUGUGGUGGCAGUGAUGGCCCACUUCCUGUAUCAGCACCGGCAGGUCCGGAGAACCGCCAGCAUCCAGGAGAAGGAGCACAGACACAGCCUUGAAGCCGCCUACAGGGCAGAGCUCCACCUGAACAACUCCAUGAGGGACAAUAUGAAGGAGUACUACAUCUGACGGACAUGCCGAGCUGUGCCGCCUGUAGCUGUCGGUUUUUCCUACUUACGUUUAGUCCUUUCGCACUCGCAGCGCGGUGCGGACCUCGUCUAGCAGGGGAUGUGUGGAGGAGAUCCUUCACCGCUGGAGCCUGGAGAACAUAGGGAUCUGCGGAUCUAGGUAGGUAGUAGCUAGUAGAUGCCCACCCUGUUGGCCCGGCGCGGGGGGUCGGGGUUGUGAUGUAUGGUGACGGUGUUACGGGGAAAGUCCCUGCUAUUUUUUUGGACAGUAUCCCUCUGAGAGAAGAACAGAGAAUCACCACCCUGUUCCUCAGAGGCUUUAAGGGUUCAUGAUGAUAUGAUCCACAAAAAGAAAAAAAAAAUAUUCAUCCCCCAUCCUUCUCUCUACUGGACUGGACACACUGGAGUAACAUCCCCUGUAAAAUCCUGAAUUUUGUGUUUUAUUUAUUCAUAUAUUUAUUUUUUUAAGGCAUCAUAGAAAUUAAUAUCGGAAUGUGAAUGUUAGCACAUAUUGUACACGUAAAGAAAGUGAAUUAUGCAUUGAAAUAUAUAAAAAAAAAAACAUUUCUCCACACUUCUCCCUAAGUUUCAUCACAUGCCCAUCAGUAUAGGACAUGCUCCUUUAAAAAUCUAAAAUAUAUCAGGAAUCAUUCCCAAGCUUUGCUGAAACAUUAAGAGUGGUGAUGUCAAAAAUCAAAAAUGAUGUCUUCACAAAAGCUUCAAGGUUCUAGAAGCUAUCAUGCGAAAUGUCACGUCAUGUCUUUCUAAUCAACAAACCCUGACUUCACACUUUCUCUGUGUGCUCUUCGGAAACUUCGCUGCUCGUUAAAAUUCAGGUCGGCAUGCUUGAAGAACACAAUGUGCGCCAGAUCCAAGCCGUUUUUUUUUUUCCCUUAAGAAUGCAUUAUGCUGAAAUUUGGGUCACGAAACAAGGUUACGUCUGAAGCUUAACAACUCUGCACAUUAAAAUUGUGAUAUGCACUGAUCAGCCAUAACAUUAACACCACCUCCUUGUUUCUACUUGUCAUACUGAUCAUAUAGGAUAAUUACAGGCUGUAGUUCUGUAACUUUUCUGUUUCUUUGAAGACUUUAUUAUUAUCCUCCUUUACUAUUCACCCUGUUCUUCAAUGAUCAGGACCCCACAGAAGAGAAAACCACCACAGAGCAGAUUUUAUUAUUUGGGUUGUGUGUCAUUAUUCUCAGCACUGCAGUGAUUAGCGCUGAUUAGCAUGGUGUUGGUAUAUGAGGUGUAUGUUAGUGUGUGUUGUGCUGAUGGUAUGAGUGAAUCAAACACAGCAGUGCUGCUGGAGUUUUUAAACAUCUCAGUGUCACUGCUGGAAUGAGAGUAAUCCACCAAUCAGAAAUAUCAUGACAGUGUAGGAUUUGUCCGGUGGGCACUGAUGAAGGACUAGAGGACGACUAACACAAACUGUGCAGCAACAGAGCUUUCAGAGCUUCUGAGGUGGAGGAGCUGUAGGUAGGAGGAGUGGAGGACAGUGCACUCCUGUGUCUGAUUCACUUGUAAAACCAGCACAACACACACUAACACCUCAUACACCACCACCAUGCUAAUCAGUGUCAAUGUUAUGCUUGUUUGGUAAUAAUAUUUUGUUAUUUUAGAUUGAAAAUUAGCAGCUAUAUGUUUUGUUUAUAACAUGUAUGAACACUAUAGGCUAUGCUACUCAAUGACUUACCUAAAUUUGCCGAAGUCUAUUGUUUUUGAGUAGUUCUUUAGGUCAUAUUCUGAAUUUGAAUACUGUACAUCAUUGAACUCCUGAAGUUUACCAGGUUUAAAUGACCCGAUAUAUCUGUGACAAGCACCACAAAAUAAAAUGACUCCUUAAGCGCCUCCAUACUUGAGAAAAAAAAACAUGCAAAAUGUAUUUGAUGGAAUAUUAAUCCAUAUUUUGAUUUGUGCUGGAUGAUUAUAACCUGAGCUUGUUGGUCUUGUGGGGUCCUGAUAAUGGAAGAAAAGGGUGAAAGGAGGAUAAUAAUAAAGUACGUAGAGAAUAUAUCCUGUAUGAUCAGUAGAGUUAAUGUUAUGGCUGAUCUGUGUAUUUGAAUCAUUGCUUUCUGGGCUGAUGCUUUCUGACCCUAGAAUCACUGUGGGAAUGCACAUACACAUACACAUGAUGCAUUCACAUAUUCACACUUAAUUCUCAAAAAAAAAAAAAUAACGUGAACAAUUCACAGAAUUAUCAGAUCAUCUAUUCUUUAUUAAUGAGAGAAUCUUCAUGUGUCAUAUCUUGUCAUGUUAGGCUAUUCCGCUGACUGACUGUCUGUUUUCUGUUUUGGAAUUGAAGUGUCCUUUAAUAUGUUUCUCCCUCUGACUAUUUUAUACCUCUAUUGAUACUGGUUAUUUUAAGGGGUGUUUUGUAUAAUUGUACAGCUAUAUUGUAAAUACAUGUUUAAUAAAAACUCAAAUUUUUGCAGCAUUG